AUGGAUACGGAUAAGGGUGUUUGGAAUCCUGACGCCACGUAUGCACUAAGAACAUACAAAUUUAUAACAUGGAUUACUGGUACGUGGCCUCUACAGGAUCAAGGAAUGUUCCCGAUUAUUCGCUUCACUAUUGCCUUCAUUUUAGAGUUUGGUAUACUAACUUCUAUACUACUCGAAAUUUAUCUAAAUUGUGGYGAYGUCGACMAAACGCURGASUUCUUUGGUUUGACGGUAGCUAUGAUCACRGGYCUGACGAARCUUGUUYUYRUCAAGUUGCAUCAARARGAUUUACGAAAAAUCAUUUUGUCAGCACUUAAGGAUUGGUCCUCGAUCAUUGACAAUUCGUCGAUGAAGGAAAUCACGUGGAAAUAUACUAAUCGGGGUUUAUUUGUGUGUCGCUUUCAAUUGAGCUUAGGUUUUUUAAUCAUUUCAACAAUGAUUAUGGAUGCCUUACCAUCAUCAAAAACUAUUCAACAGAACAAUGAAACAUUCAACGAAGAAGAUUUCAGACAGAUUCCAUUGAGGACCAUAUGUCUUUUUGGCAACAUGUCUAYUUCUACUUAUUGGAYAGUCUUCAUUUUUCAGAGUGUCCAGUUAUUCAAUUCGAUAAUUGUCGAUAUAGGAAAUGACGUAUUUUUUUUUGGAAUUGCUAUGCACAUUUGUGGCCAAUUAGAYUCGUURAAUAUUYUUUCUGACGAGYUYRAAACRRACAACGAAAARARUCGGCUUAGGAAWRUCRAAAAAUUUGUUCGUAGACACAUACAUCUGUUGGAAAUGGGUCAAUUGAUUCAAAUCACUUAUACCAAUAUUCUUUUGAUCAAUUUAAUCACUAGCGGAUCGCAUAUCUGUUUGGCAGGAAUACAAUUUCUUUUUCUCUCCAAUACAAUCGACGUAGUUCUUCUGACGAAAGUCGGUUCCAUUCUAAUCAUCAUCUUUUUACAAAUUUUUCUCUACAGUUAUGCAGGUGAUUACAUGUCAUCAUUAUUCCAAGAUGUUUGCAAAGUUAUUUAUAAUUGUACCUGGUACGAAUUCUCUCCUAGUCACGUACGUGAUCUUAUGUUUAUUAUUAUGCGAACCCAUGUACCAUUUAAUAUUAGUGCUGUGAUGGAGUUCAAUUACUUCUGUAUAAUAGUCUCGAGCUUUGGUGACAUAGAGUCAGAAGUAAGAAGACAAGCCGUCAAGGCAACAAGAGCAGCCUCAGAAUUAAACGACACUAUAUUCCGAAACAAACACCUAAGAAUAGAUGCAAAAGCUCGUAUAUACAAAACCGUCUAUACUUACAUACGCGGUAGAAACAAGACUCGAAACAUUAAAAACACGCCAAAUCAUGGAGACAACUGA